CCGCGAUUCAUAGACGGCAGUGGAUGCCCGUGAUGCUGGCUCGUGAUCCGCGUGGUGGCUAGAAAAAAAAAAAAAAAAGCCGCCAAACUGUGCGUGGUUGUCGCUGCAGCUGCCCUAUUGGAUUACCCGUCGUGGUUUGAUCAACAACUGCGUGUGUGUUUGUGUGCUCCGCCCUGGAUUACACAGCGAUGGUCGGACGGCGCUUACCCACUCUAAGCUCAAUGCUGUGGGAUCGCCCAGUGCAAGCCGAGAAGAACAACUCGUUCGAAAAGAACUAUCGCAUCGGCGCGCUGCUGGGCAAGGGAGGCUUUGGCACGGUGUACGCUGGCACCCGGAACCGCGACAACUUGGCGGUGGCCAUCAAGCAUGUAUCUCGGGACAAGGUGACCGAGUGGGGCACGAUCAACGGCCAGAGGGUUCCGUUGGAAGUGGUGCUGCUCCGGCGCGUGGACCACGUACCGGGUGUGAUCCGGCUGCUGGACUGGUACGAGCGGCCCGACUCGUUUAUUCUCAUCAUGGAGCGGCACGAGUUGGUUAAGGACCUUUUCGACUACAUCACCGAAAAGGGCGUCCUCGAGGAAACUCUGUCGCGGCUGUUCUUCAAGCAGAUCGUGCAGUGCGUCAUAGCCUGCCACAAGGCCGGCGUCAUUCACCGCGACAUCAAGGAUGAGAACAUUCUGGUCAAUCUCAAGACCCUCUCGGUCAACCUCAUCGACUUCGGGUCGGGAGCCUUUCUGCGAGAAGGCUUCUACACCGACUUUGACGGCACGCGAGUGUACAGCCCUCCGGAGUGGAUCCAGCGUAGCCGGUACAACGGCCGCGCCGCCACCGUGUGGUCUCUGGGCAUCCUGCUCUACGACAUGGUGUGCGGCGACAUUCCCUUCGAGCAGGACGAGCAGAUCCUGCGCGCCGAGCUCCACUUCCGGCGGAAGCUGUCGCCCAUGUGCGAGGACCUCAUCCGGCGCUGCCUGGCGCUGGCACCCGCCGAUCGGCCCAGUCUGGAGGAGAUCCUCGAGCACGAGUGGAUGCUGUCCGACGACCUCAACUCCACCGUCUCCGAGAACAUUCCCGUGCGCUGUGCGCGCGCCGAGCAGUCCUCGCUGGUGGACCACAACUCCACCGGAAGUCAGGACAGCAUUUGCAUUUGAUGAUCACGCCCCGUGUAGCGAGCACCAAUUCAUCAUCGACGACGAAUCUCUGCCAUUGACUGCCUGUGAGGAAGGACUGGGGUGUCGUCGUCCCGGGAGGCGCCCAUCUUUUCAGGGGCGACGAAGAAGCCAAUGGACAAGUUAUUGCGUAGCUGUGAUAUAUGAUGGGCCCUCUUCCUUUUUGUUGUUCCAUUCCCCAUCCUGUAUUUAUUUUUGAGAACCUACCACCCGCAUUGACCUCCUCAUUCAUCUUCACAACAAGCAUUGUAAACUACCAUUUCACAAACUGUCGUGUACAUACGUGGCAUCUUUUUUUUUUUUUUUCUCGGCGCGCGCGGUAAGUUAUUUCCCUCAUGUGGUGCACUGCUGUUCCUCCUCUCAUAUUUAAGUGGCAUAGUCCUUUUGGAAGAAAAAGCAUUGUGUACAUAGUUUGUACAAAAUAGUCGCGAACCGGGUAUUUUUAUAGAAAAUAUGCUGAAAAUAAAUGUGCAGGACAUGAACAC